AUGGCCCCAAGAAAAGUUGCACCAUCUCCAUUUGCUAAAAAAAAUAAAGCAUCCAAAAAAACCAAAAAUCCUUUAUUUGAAGCAUCAGCUAAAAAUUUUGGUAUUGGACAAGCCAUCCAACCAAAGAGAAACUUAUCCAGAUUUGUCAAAUGGCCAGAAUACGUUCGUUUACAAAGACAAAAGAAAAUCUUACAAAUUAGAUUGAAGGUUCCUCCAGCAAUUACUCAAUUCCAAUCUACUUUAGACAAGAAUACCACCAUUCAAGCUUUCAAAUUAUUAAACAAAUACAGACCAGAAACCGCUUCUGAAAAGAAAGAAAGAUUAACCAAAGAAGCUGCUGGUAUUGCUCAAGGUAAAACCAAAUUUGAUGUUUCAUCUAAACCAUUUGUUGUCAAAUACGGUUUAAACCAUGUUGUUUCCUUGAUUGAAAACAAAAAGGCUAAAUUAGUUCUAAUUGCUAACGAUGUCGAUCCAAUUGAAUUGGUUAUUUUCUUGCCAGCUUUAUGUAAAGCCACUGGUACUUCUUAUGCUAUUGUUAAAAACAAAUCCAGAUUAGGUCAAUUAGUUCACAAAAAGAACGCUGCUGCUGUUGCUUUAACCGACGUUAAAGAAGAAGACAAACCAGCUUUAGCCCAAUUGAUUUCAACCAUUGACUCUACCUUUGCUGAAAAAUACGAAGACAACAAACGUCACUGGGGUGGUGGUAUUAUGGGUGCUAAAACCCAAGCCAAAUUAGCUAAGAGAGCCAAAAAAGCUGCUGAAGCUGCCAAAGUCUAA